AUGGGUCGCAAGCUUGGCCUGUUUCGAGCAGCAUAUCUGGUCUCGGCCAGCUGCAUGGGCUCGUUUGCGUUCGCCUUCGAUACCGGUGUGAUCAGUGGCGUCCUCUCCCUCGCAUCCUUCCAGAAAGAUUUCGGAUACACCAAAGCCCAAAUGACCAAUGUCAACUCCAACGCCGUCUCGAUCUUACAAGCAGGUGCCUUUUUCGGCUGCUUCUUCGUCUCUCCUAUUGCCAAGUUCUUCGGCCGUCGCACUGGCUUGAUCAUCAGCUCUAUCGUCUUCACUAUCGGUACCAUCCUGCAGGUCAUAAACUCCGGAACUCUAGGCACAUUCUAUGCCGGGCGCGUAAUUGCGGGUUUGGGCAUCGGCGCUGCCACGGUACUGAUCCCGAUGUAUUCGGCGGAGAUGUUGCCAAAGGAGAUUCGGGGUCGACUGGGGGCGUGUUUCCAGCUAUUCUUUGCUAUUGGGGUCAUGAUUGCGUACUGGGUAACGUAUGCGGUUGAUAAAGAUCAGUCCCCAGGCACGAAUCAGUGGCAGACAGCGUUGGGGCUACAGUUGCUCGGAUCGACGCUUUUGCUGGUUGGGAUGUGCACGGUCAAGGAGAGUGCGCGUUGGCUUGCUGCUCGAGGGAAGCUUGAUCAGGCGCGAGAGUCGUUGAAAUGGGUUCGUGGAGGUGAGGAGACGGAAGAGCUGCAGAAGGAAUUCGAUGAGAUUCUCGCAGGUAUUGAGGAAGAGGCACGGGUGAAGGAGAAUCUUACUUUCAAGGAGCUACUCCUGCCGGUCAAUCGGUAUCGCCUCUUCAUCGCCGUCACCAUCCAACUCUCCGCCCAGCUUACUGGAAACACCUCGCUGGCAUACUAUGCGACUCAAAUCUUCAGCUCCGUUGGGGCUGGGAGCGCCGCCAAGUUAGUGACUGGAUUCUUCGGUCUCGUCAAGGCGCCUUUGCCAUGGGCUCUUUCAUGCUCAUCAUCGGGACCUACAUCUGCAGGCAUUGCAUGUAUCAUCAUGACUUACGCAGAGGCAUUCAGCUACAACAUGUCCUGGGGCCCGUUACCCUGGCUCUACGUUGGAGAGAUUUUCUCCAGUCGUACUCGCGAGUUGGGUGUCACGGUGGGCGCUGCGUCGCAGUGGCUAUUCAAUUUCAUGAUGUCGCAGGUCACACCACAUGCGAUCAACAAUAUUGGCUGGCGCAUGUUUUUGAUGUUUGCCAUCUUCAACUACGCCAUCAUCGUUUACUCCUGGUUUGUCCUCAAAGAGACAUCGCGACACUCGCUAGAAGAGAUGCAGGAAGUCUUUGGCGGCGGUCCGAAGGAAAAGCAAAUCGAGAGAGCCGACCAUGAAGAGCAUGCCGAACCAGUCUCAAAGGAGACCAAGGUUGGAUCUCAAGCCUGUUAA